AUGUGUGAUUCUGCUGCUUGCUUUCCUUGUGGUCACCCUUUGGAAGAUAUAAUCCAUGUGCUAAGAGAUUGUGUUUGGGCUAAAAAAGGGAGGAUACUAGACUCUGGUUCAACAUUACUUGUUGGUGCAUAUGGAAGGACCGUAACAGCUUCAUCUUCAAUGACACAGCCCCUAAUCCUCUCAGCACCUUUUUUCCAGAUCAAAUCUAUAGUGGAUAGUAUUUUCCUUGCGGAUAGGCUUCUCGUUACAGCGAGUAUUAUUCCUAGAAGCCGAACUGAGUGUCUCAUUAGCUGGAAAUUUCCCUUGUCUGGGUGGAUCAAAGUUAACACCGACAGUAGUUGCUCUCCUGAUGGAGAAAGAUCUUCCUGUGGUGGUGUUUUGAGGGAUUCAAGUGGAAAUUGGCUUGUGGGAUUUAGAAAAUUCACAGGUCAUGGGAAUGCCCUACUUGCUGAGUUGAAAGGGAUAUUACUGGGGUUAGAAGUUGCUUAG